GGCUUUUCUUACAGCCUGAGCGAAUCCUUUCAGAAGAUAAGUUUAUUGCCCUUUACACAAAGUUGGGCCCGCGUUUCAAUCGUUUUAUCCAUGUCAGCGGAAUCUAUGCAGCCGGUACCCAAAGUACCUGAUUGGGCAUAUGAUAGUGACGAAGAUCACAAGUAUGAUGCCUUGUGCGAUCAGGCUUGGACACUUAUACAUGCCGGGUUGUCAUCACCGUCGGUCAACCUUCAAGGCGGAGCUGGGUCUCUCCUCGCUGUCAACCGAGAGCAGCAGCAUCCCGUUGCCGAUGCAUCCGCGACAGCUGCGGUGGUGAUCACAAUUGCAGAAAUGGCCGAGCCCGAUGCGAAACGGGCCGCCACCCUCGGAGCCACUAACGUUGACAAGUCGGCGGGGCUUGCACCCGAAUCCCACAGCGGCAAGGAUUACAGGGGUUUGGGGCCGUCACCAGUCCUACUGCGCCAGAUCCAGCACUACAACUUGCGACCAGGCAGAUACGCCUGCAACCCCGAGAACAGUGUAGGUGACAGCCUUUCAGUCGACAACUUGGGGUUUGGCGACCCGCGGCCAGAACCGGAACAUGGAUCUGGCAUGGACAGCGAAGCCCAGGCCGCUCCGUCCCAGGACCUUCCCAAGAAGCCAACAGGGCUUGAGCCGCUGGUUGCUGAAAAGAACGCUCGUACUCCGUCAAGGCGCUGCGGCCCAUCGCCCGUCCUGAAGCGCCACAUCCAGCGCUACAGCCUACGGCCGGGCAGCAGCGGCGGUAGCAAGGAAAACAACCCGGGUCCAGACGACGGUUCACUGGUAGCUGGAACAAGCAUGGGCCUCCGGCUUGCAGGUCCUGCGGCUGGGCCGUCGCGGUCGGUACGGCCCCCAAGCAGGGUACGGCAUCAACAAACUUCCCACGCCGCCGCCACCGCCGGCGAGCGCAACGCCAGGGCUCACGGGCCGAGCGGUGUGCAGGCCGCAACGCCAGCAAGAAAUGCCACAGUCACCCCCACACGCCCCUCCCGGACCCACAACACCGCCUCGAACUGCACCGCACAGCUGCAGCGCACGCCACCGCCAGCCGCCCAGCGCACGCCUCCCUCACAGCGCAGGCUAGACGCCACACAGGCAGCGGCGGCCCAGCAGCAGCCGCAACUGCGCCCGCGCGGGCUAGCGCUGGUGCGCCAGGCGGCGACCUACAGUGCGGCGGGGUCCUGCCCGGGUGCCGCUGACGAGGCCUACGCGGACAUCGUGGCCCGGUCUGACCCGGAUAUGGCUCGGCGGCUGGAGGCGGUGCUGCUGGUGCAAGACCUCCUGCUCGCUCUGGUGGAUGGGGUGGUGGAGAGCACCGAGCAGGGCGGCGGACCGCACCGCGUCGCACAGGCUGCGGAGCGCGGAGCCGGACGGCUGCAGCAUGUGGAGAGACGGGCGGCGGCGGUUGCGAGCGGUGUGGUGAAGGAGAGCGAGGGCAUGGUGGAGGGGCGGCAACCGGGUUGCCGUUGUGUCAUCAUGUGAGGAUGGCCAGCUGCAGUCCGCGGUGUGGGUACCUGUGGCUGGGUACCGGUAGCUGGGUAUGGUGUAUAGUUAUAAUGCUGAUGGUUCUUCGAGUAGGUAUCCGGUGUGUCCUGUUUGAAAUGAAUGUGGGUACGACUCUCCGGACAGUAUGUUCCCGUACAGGAUUACAGUACGGCCAUCAUGCAUGCUUACGCAAGGCUAACGGCCAUCAUGCAUGCUUACGCAAGGCUAGCUCCUGAGUACGCCUGUUCCUAUUCAUGAGACCUUACACAAGGUUCGUUCGUGUCAUGUGUAUGUGCUACUGUGCUGCAAUGUGGAUGCGCGGCAGUGUUUUAUUAGCUAAGUGCCUUGCAGGUAUCUUUAUUCCGGGGGGAUCUGACCGUGUAGGCAGGCAGAACGUUAGGAGGUUGUCAGCUGGUAUCCCAGCAAUGUGCGAACCGUACCUUGAGGGUACGCAGAGCGGAAAGGUGUGUACGGAUGACGUGCACGUGUUGGCUAGCCAUUCAUGCGGCGUGCGGGUUUCCACCACACCUUUUCUUUAGCAUGGCAUCUUGCCUGACUAUCACACGUUAAGAUGUAUCCAUGAGGGGCCGGAUUGGUUCGGUGCGCCCGCGGUCCCAGCGAGGACAUGGGAAGUGUAUUCAUGGCUAUGUACGCAGGAAACUUGGCAGGCAAUGCUGAAUGGCGUUAGGAGUGUAGCAUGUAUGUUAAGGAAAGGAGGCGGCUAUAGGUUUAGGCACUGACACAUGCGUUACCACCGGGACCGUGUGCGCGUGGAAGGUUUUGGGGUCCAGGUAGUAUGCGAUUAUACAGGGGAGUUAGGACGUCCAGGUAGGGUGCAGUGACGGAGAGGCAAGGGUGCGGUGUACGACACAUGGCAGUGGCAAUGGGGAGUACUAUAUCAGACAAUGUUUGCAUUGUCGAGGGCUUUUAGGUGGAUUGGAAAGAGCGGGCUUGUAGGGACUUGUAGGUGGACUGGAAAGAGCGGGUC